AUGAACAGAUCUCAACACCCGAUAUACGGGCCUACCCCCCAGGAUUAUGGCUUGCCGCCUCCGCAGGUCUAUGGCACUUAUCCUCGGCAACCUUAUGGAUCUCCACCUGUACAGCCAGGCCAACCACAUAUCGGAAACUCUAAAAUAAGUUUUACUCCUUCACAUGCCCCGAAAGAGAAGGAGGGCCGACUCAAAUCAUCAUGGCACAAAGUCGACAAAAUAGCCUCCAAAUCCGUCAGCGACUUACGAGGCACUCUGGCAUCCGGAGCUGGGAAGAGCAGCACCUGUUUGCAGAAUAUCACCUCUGAUUGUAUCGAUCAUUCAACGAGUCUAUUGAGCAAGACGAGCACGCAAUGUCUAAAUCAAGGGGCCGCUCUGUGCGAUAUUAUUAGCUCGAAACUGGAUGCCGUAAUUACGAGUAUGGAUGUGGAACGUUUUAGUGGAGAUGAGCGGGAUUUGAUGGUUCAGCAAGCCUCAUCUGCUUAUUCUUCGAGUUCAACAUUACAGGUGGAGGUCCCGAGGGGAAGAGCAGCCAACCCGGUGUAUCCGAGCUCGACGACCGAGAAGGCUUCGAAUCAUUUUUCGAAGGUCUGGCUGUAUGCAAAUUCCAGACUCCCACCUCAUCUACCUCCCUUUAAAGUCUAUAUGCCAACAUACCCUCUUCUCUGCCUAGCAGCGACCUAUUCCCUCCGCGUCUACACUCCCCCAGCUCCCCGUACUGCAGAACAGGAAACCCAUGUUCCCUCAGACUGGAGGUCUGGUACAAAAGCCAUGGUGCUCAAAUCCAUUCCAAUCGACGACAUGAACAUCGUCGUCUUCGCCAUCCGUGGCUCGCAAACCUUCAUGGAUUGGGCAGUAAACUUCCGACCCGCUCCCUCCUCUCCUUCAGGCUUCCUCGACGAUGAAGGAAAUCUCUGUCAUUCUGGGUUCUUGCAUGUCGCUCGACAGAUGGUAAAACCCGUCGCCGAACGCUUGAAAGCGCUCCUCCAAGAAAACCCUAGCAGAAGCAACUGCUCUCUCCUAAUAACAGGACACUCCGCUGGCGGAGCCGUUGCCGCUCUUCUCUACGCCCACAUGAUGUCGACGCAGGUGAAAUCGGACCUAAACCACCUCACCGGAUUCUUCAAACGCGUGCACUGCAUCACCUUCGGCGCCCCUCCAAUCAGCCUCCUCCCACUCCGACAUCCGACCAACAGGCGGCACCGAAAAAGUUUGUUUUAUAGCUUUAUUAACGAGGGUGAUCCGGUGCCUAGAGCAGAUAAGCAGGUCGUACGCUCGCUGCUGAAACUCUACGCUUCCCCUGCUCCAAGCUCGGGCUCAGCGUGCAGUACCGCCCUCGCCUCGCUAUCAAAACUAAAUCUCUCGUCCACAAACUCCUUUCAAACAACCUCCACCUCCUCCGCCUCCUCCAGACCCUCCAAGUUCUCUAUUUCUAGCUCCAAAAAUUCUAAGACUUCUGCCGCCGAUAGUGUGGCGAGCCAACCUGUGUGGAAUGUCCCGGCAAGCACACUAAGCACGGCUGGCAGGCUUGUUGUGCUAAGGAAGAGGGUUGGAGGGAGUUCUGAAGAGGAUAUUGAGGCUGUGACUGUCGAUGAUGAGUUAUUGAGGGACGUGGUGUUUGGGGACCCGUUGAAGCAUAUGAUGACUUUGUAUAAGAGUCGCGUGGAGCUGCUUGCUACAAGGGCGGCUACUGCGAGGGGGUAUUAG